AUGCGUAUAUCUGUCGCUACCUCCAGAGUUCUUCUUGCAAAAGGAGGGUUUGGUUGGGUAUCCUCGCAGCCCUUCUCUGACAGCAAGAGAAGGGUUUGGUUGGGUAUCCUUUCCUUCCUGCCUGGCCUUGGCCCCUCGAGAAUGGCCUGGUGGGAUAUCCCAACCCCUUGUCUCCGGUUCCACCCUCAACUAGAGGAAACCGCAGCAAGGUAUCUGCCGAGACUGUAUUAUCUCCGGCUGGCGCCGCUUUUGGAAGACGGAGGAUUCUUUGGUCCUACGACGGACGAUUGUGAGGAGGACUGGGAGGAUUCCCCGGUCCUGUGCUGCGCUACCCAGGCUGCCGGCCCUAUGCUCGGUCAGUCGUCAACGCAGGUCAACACGCUCCUGGUAUCGUACCAAAGGUUUAGCCUCGUCCGACUGAAUGAGAUGUGCUAG